AAACAACUCUCACGCUGUUUUAAAGCUCUUCCGCUGUAUUCACUACGAAAAAAGCGCGACGGUGCUACAGCCAAGGGAGCCCAAAGUGCUAAAACAGACAGCCCUCCAGAUGUUGAAAUCAAACUCCGCUCAGAAAAUAUUUAUGAAGACAAGAGGAAUGAUGCGAUGCAAAGUAAAAAAAAAAAAAAAAAAAAAAGCAGCACCGGAGAGCCUGUUGUGGCCCCACCAAAAGACUUAAUGCUUGUGUCAGGCUCUUCCUUGGAGAACCUGAAUGACAUCAUAAAUAUGGCUGAAGUGACCAGUGAAGAUCUGAGCCCACCUGUUACCAGCCAAAGAUUUGAAUGAAUGGGAUCCUGUCAUUGGGAUAUGCUCAGGUUAGCCUCAGGAGGUGUUCUCAGGUUUGUGAGGAGCAGAAGUGCGAGGAAGAAGUUUUUCCCUUGGCCAUGAACUACUUAGACAGAUUUUUAGCCGUGGUACCCACCAAAAAGUGUAACUUGCAGCUGCUGGGAGCAGUGUGCAUGUUUCUUGCAUCCAAAUUGAAAGAGACUCGUCCAUUAACCGCAGAGAAGCUUUGCAUCUACACAGAUAACUCCAUCAGACCUCAAGAGCUGCUGGAAUGGGAACUGGUGGUGUUGGGGAAGUUGAAGUGGAACUUGGCAGCAGUAACGCCGAACGACUUCAUCGAGCACAUUGUGAGGAGGCUGCCACUGCCCGAGGAUAAGCUGGCACUUAUACGCAAACAUGUCCAGACCUUCAUCGCCCUCUGUGCCACAGAUUUCAGAUUCGCCAUGUACCCUCCCUCCAUGAUUGCCACAGGAAGUGUGGGGGCAGCAAUCUGCGGCCUGCAGCUGGAUUCAGCUGACCAGUCACAGUGGGGCGACAGCCUGACAGACCUGCUGGCCAAAAUCACAAACACAGAAGUGGAUGUUCUCAAAGAGUGCCAGGAGCAGAUUGAGCGUGUGUUGGUGAGCAGCCUGCGUGAGGGGCGGCAGCAGCAGCAGCAGCAGCAGACACAAAGAGGCACCAGCGGGAAAGGCCUGGAUGAGCUGGAUCAAUCCGCCACCCCAACAGACGUCCGCGAUAUCAACUUGUGAACCACCAGAGGACGUCAUUGCACAGGAUUUACAACAACAACAACAACAAAAAAGCAUCAUGAAAAAAACCCUCAAUUUUCUUAAAAGCAGAAAAAAAGAACAAA